AGGUAAGAACCCACUAGCAGUCCACUGGCAACCGGGUUACGGAGAUGAAGCUCAUCAUCCCACGCCACGUCACGUCAGUCCAUAGUCCAGCUAGGCUUCAUGUUUAGGCCCAUGACUUCUUUAGCCUGCUGGUUGCGCAUCGUGACGACAACGCCUGUUUUCCCAAGAGGAAGUUACAAAAAGAGGCAAUGGUAUCACCCGUUCUGUCGUGCAAGCAACACGACCGUUACGAGGUUUCAACUCUACGUCCACAGCACUGUCUCCUAUUAUCACAAAACCGUAUAAGAUGGUUUACUACCGUCGCCAUCAUUACCAUUUCACUUAGGCGUUCCCGAAAGCGAACGAUUCAUCUAUCCCGCACCGCUACGUCUAGUUACCCCCAUACUAGCAGUGAGCCGCCAUGGAGAUCCAGAGGUGGGGCCACGCAAAUGAGGUCGAAGACGACGACGAUUUUCAGAAACACGAGAAGCUGAGGUACGCCAACGAGAUCUAUGGUGAGGAGGGAUUCCUGGAGUUGGUGAGAGAGGGAAGCUACGACGCGGAUGGGUCCAUGGUCAGGGAACCGUAUGAGACCCAAAACAACGUGUCGGCGCCCGUAUCGUCCCUACCAGAUAGCAUGUUGGUGGAUGCGUGGGGAUUUCCAGUCAUGGGGACUUCCGACGCUGGGACGAGGUUGCAUGCACUCAGCAUUGCAUCCGAUGCAUCAAAUCAUGACUGCGCUUUCGGCAGAAACGACGCUGUUGUGCCGUCGGUUCAGCCACGGACAUUGUCUCCACUUCUAACGUCUGCGAAAGGUGAGGAAGAAGAGCGGGGAGCCAAGGAGGAGAAAGGAGGAGAGGAACAUGUGCAGAUGGUUAAAGGGGAGGAGAGGGAUGACGGCAUGGACGAAGGUCAAGAGGAGGAACAAAGCCCCGUACUGCCACUGCUGUACACUCUGGACUCCAACCUCAAACAUGGCCGGUCGCCGUUGCUCCCUCCAUUCGAGCACACCUCGUACAAGAUGCGCCGUCUCGCAUCACCAUCCACCUCCCCUCAUUGUGACUCACUCUCGCCGGAUAUCCACCAUCAUACGUCCUCUUAUACGCCGUCACCGGUACACGUCCAACGGUACGACCACUCACCACCGGUAUCACCACUCACGGCAGCGCCUUACGCGCAUCCUCAUUCUCCGUUUAUCUCCCCGCCGUCACCAUCACCGCCACCGUCGCCGCAAUCACGACCGUCUUUCGCCGAAGCCAAGAGAAGAGCAAUUGCAGAACUCAUGACCCAACGCGUGCCAGAGUUACAGUGCGCGCUACGGAUCCGAAGCCUCCCAGUUUUGGGCCUUCGGCGUGAUCUGCUGGAGCGUCUGGGCAGCCACAUCGCGAUGGAGCGCUCGCAUGUGCGACCCCCACACGAGGACGAGCCGGAGGUCUCGUACCUGAGUCGGUUCAGGGUGCCGGAGCUCAAGGAGGUUUGCAGACGCAGGAGUCUGCCGGUGGGUGGUUUGAAGGAUGAUUUGAGUCGGAGGAUCAUGUAUUCCAUGAGGGAGGAACAGAGGAGGACAAGUCGUACCGCUAGGGUCUGGAGACCAGAUGUGGGUUGGGUUCAUCCUUAAGAUUUACUUGCGUUUCUUGCCAAAACCAUAAAUUUCAGGUGGUUACAACUUCUUACUUGGGGUUUCAUUACUUAUGCACAUACUCAUGUGUUUGGUCCUUCGUCCCCAUGGUUCCGUGGGAGA